UAUUCGCACUAGACAUGACUCUCCCGCCCAAGACUAGGAUGCCCGGCUCAGGCAGCUUCAGAGCCAUCUUUCAACUGCAAGCUCCCAAAAACGUCUCCGCGCGUCCACGUCCGCUCCGUCUGUCCCUUCCACCAAGGAACAAUCAUCGCCCACACCUGUAUCGCCAACUUUACCAAGUUCCAGUUCAUCCAACAAUCUGGCGUCCACGCUUUUCGCGCUCUUCAAUGCAACACGCGGUAUUCAAGAUCAUCAUCCAGCUCAUUCUCGCUCGUGGAAGACUCUUGCGCUCAAGUGGAUCCUGCUUGUCUACUGUUUCCUCUGCUUUGUCUUCACCACGACGCUUCUGUUCAAGCCCUUCUACAUAGCGCGCAAAUCUAUUACCCACCACUUGGACGCUGUUUCUCAGCCGGCUGCGCACCUCGACUUUCUAUCGACCAGGGAGAGACUUUCGCGGCUCGGAUUUCAAACGCUCGACCCCUCCUUUCCGAUCGAACCCUUCAUAAUUGCUCCGACGUCUGGCGGCUGGGAUGAGACGGACAUAACUGCUUGCGCCUGGAUGCAUGAUAGCGACGACGUCUUGAGCAUCCUAGUCUCCUGGUCUUCUAGAUGGCGAGGGCCCAUAUCUUUGGUUCUGAUCACAGCAGAGCACCAGUCUCCCUCUCUCAUCGCUCGCCUGCAAUCUCUGAAAAGCCAUCCGUCUUUGUCUAAAUUAUGGCUACAUCUUGUUCCCUCAAGUAAACAGUACAAUUCCGCCCAGCUUCUCAACUUGGCCAGGUUCUUCGCCCCUACAAGAUCGAUAAUGCUCUGGCCUGCAAGUCCUGCAGCAGUAAUUCUACAGGUGUACGACGCGCUCAUCUCUCAGAUUGGGCAGCCGAUACAGAAGCCACUUUUGCUUUCUCCGUUCCCGGCGUCUGUCUUUUCCAUCCCCAGCCUUACGCCUGUGGUACUAUCGCGUGACUAUCGUCUGUGGUGCAGCGAGCGAGCGUUUCUGGGUUCCCGCUCAUCUGACUGGGACGAAUGCGUGUGGUUCCUGUGGCUGGAGGAAUAUGGAUUGGAGAGCUUGAACGUGACGUCAGGCAGUAUCGUCGAGUCGAAAAUCAGGGAUGACAACCGGACGGUCGAUCGCUUCGUACAGCGACUGAGCGCAAAGCACCGCGCCGAGACCUGCGAAGUGACUCUACGGCGUCUCUCGGGACCGGAUGCCCCAAGACCUUCGAGAGCUGUCAAGAAGAAAAUGCAAUGGGUGAAAGGCUUUUGUCGACAGACGGAAAACAACAUCAAAAACGCCGAAGGGGAAUAAGUAGAUAUGUUACGCACCAGAUUAGGUCCCCAGAAGCUCUGCCUCCAUAUCGUCUACUUGAGUCAUACUGCCCUGAUCAGCAUCCCUCUGGUAUGCAGCGACGAUCGCAUCGACCUCCGGUCCUUCCACGACAAGAUCGAGAAGGUCCUGCGCCAUGACUACGGCGCCUCCGGUCAAGUACGUCCCUGUCAGCUGUGAUAGAAUUGCGCACCUGAGAGGACCGCCAUCGUCUCCUGAUCUGCCGAAUUGAGCCAGUCGGGAGCGUCACUGCACAGUCGACCGAAUGUGACGAUGAACAUGUGGGAGAUUCCGGUGAAUGAACGAGACGGCGGGUGGUGCAGCAAAUCCCGAAGGUUGAACCCAGGCUCCACGUCAAACAUCAGAUGGUGAAACAGGAUGAUUGCGUGAGAGAGGAUUUGGAUCGAUCUGGCUAGCAGAUCCAGCGCUGUUUGAUGAGGACUUGGAAACGCACAGACCUCGAGAUUAAGUCUUCGUCGGAGAUGACGUCCUCGUCGCCUUCCCAAAGGAUCGAAGUUGUGUUUGAAAGAAAAAGAACUAUUGAUGGAACACAGCAAGUUCUUGAAACCAAAGAGGCCGGUAUGUCAGAGUGAGCGAUGGACAAGGCACUGAGCAUUUGGAGAAUGUUGCCAUGAAUAUCUUGAGACUAUUUUAAUUCAGUCAGAGGUUCACACACGGUAAACCACAUACUUGUUUGUGGAUCAGAUGCGAGCAGAACAGAUCGAUAUGUGCCAAAGAGGAUUGGUCGUUGUCUGCCGAGAACAUGAGAUCACGUGAUAGUCUAGGAACUGUAACGCCAUCAGGAAGUUCCACGGUAACAUCGUCAGGACGAUAAGAUUUACAAGUGGCCAAUGUGCCCAGCAGCCGUGUGAAACAUAUUAGAGACUCCUUCGGCUGCAGGGAGUCAAGCAAUAGGAGAAGUAUAUCUCGCCGGCGACAAAAUGUAGUGAAUCUGACGUGGAAAUGAAAUGCGUCCAGAAGAUGAUGGUCUCGCCAAGCACCGACCUUUCGGCUUGUUCGUCGGUGAGAUUCCAGCACAAAGCCUCAAGUAAGCCGAUGGUCUGUUGCGCCAAUGAUGGUAUGCACUGCGCCGGCUUGAGAUGGGCAUUGAUUAGUGAGCACAGGAUAUCGAGCACAUCCUCUUGGCAAGAGAGCAGAGAAGAAGCAAUAUUGGGCAGUGAGCAACACAGGUAAGAUGAGAGAUCGAGCAAGAUCGCAAGGGGAUCCAGCUGUCCGGUCAUCAGUAUUCACGCAGUGAUCAAUGCGCCGAAUCCUGACCAGACUAGAUGUGCUCAGGAUCUUGAUCAUGGAGAUUAGACUUUGACAGAGCAAUGGAAGAGACCCUUCGUAGUCUGUAUAGUGAGAUGUACUAGCAGCCACUUCAAACAGAGAGUUGACUGUCUCCGAAUAUUCAUUCGAAGGUUGCAGUCCUGCGAGGAGUUUCAAGCUAGGUGACGCGUG